AUGUGGUUCGGAAAUAAAAUUUAUAUAUUUUUUAUUUCAAUUUGGCUUAUUGGCCUUUAUUUUAUUUUGAAUACAUUUCAUACACCACCGUCAGAUGUUAGUAGAGCAGUUAAUGAUCGCAUCGAAUCUCUACAAACAGAGGUUGAUAGUCUUCGAAAACAAAUAUCAAAAUUAAAAAACAAUGUAAAGUCAGAUAGCGCACAAGUAAAUGAAAAUCCAGAUAACAAUUGGAAAAAAUUAAAGAAUGAGUUACUCUUAGUAAAAGAGCAACUGUCAUCACGAAAAUCUACAUCACCAGAAUUUGGACCAGGUUUGGAAUAUGAACAAUUGCGACGAAAAAUUGAAAUUCAAGCUCGUGAACUAUCCUAUUUUACGUUAAAGCAGUUAGAAAAAUUUGAUGCAAAAUUAAGUGAACAAGACAAAGAGCAAUUGAAAAAUGUUAUUGAUCGUUUUGGUGAUCAAAGUAGAUUGCUAUUGGCAUCAAUACGGAACUUAACAAAAGUUGAUGGUUAUAAUUCUUGGCGUGAAAAAGAAGCAAAAGAUUUAUCUAAUUUAAUACAAGCACGUUUAAAGAAAUUACAAAAUCCAUCAAGUGAUUGUACACAAACGAAACGUCUUGUAUGCAAUAUAAACAAAGGGUGUGGAUACGGUUGUGAAAUUCAUCAUGCCAUGCAUUGUUUUCAUAUUGCCUAUGCGCUCGGUCGUCCAUUGAUUUUGCUCUCUGAAGGAUGGCGUUAUAAUCCCGAUGGAUUUGAUAAAAUCUUUGAACCAUUAAGUAACAAAUGUACGAAAGAGAUGACAGCUGGAUCUGAACCUUGGGGAAAAAAUUAUGAAUCAUCUCAAGUUAUUGAAUUGCCGUUAAUUGAUAAUAUUCAUCCACGUGUAAAUUUUCUCCCAAUGGCAAUACCGGAAGAUUUAUCUCAGCGUUUAAUUAAAUUAACUGGACAUCCAUUCUCUUGGUUUACUGGACAACUAAUGAAAUAUUUACUAAGGCCACAAACAUGGCUAGCUGAAAUGAUCGAAAAAAAACGUGAACAAAUACAAUUUGAUUCACCAGUUGUUGGAAUUCAUGUUAGAAGAACAGAUAAGAUUGGUAGUGAAGCUUCUUAUCAUGAUAUAAGUGAAUAUAUGAAAUAUGUUCAAGAAUAUUAUGACAUUCAUCAAUAUCAAUAUCCAUCUGUGAAGCUCGUUAAACGGGUUUUCAUUGCCACCGAUGAUCCAUCUGUAUUUAAAGAUGCACGUUCAAAAUUUCCCGAUUAUAUUUUUUAUGGUGAUGCUAAUAUAUCACAAACGGCACAGUUAAAUUCAAGAUAUGGAACAGAAUCGUUGAAAGGCGUCGUUUUGGACAUACAUUUUCUCUCAUUGAGUGAUUAUUUAGUGUGUACAUUUUCAUCUCAGAUUUGCCGCGUUGCAUAUGAAAUUAUGCAACAGCGUCAUCCAGAUGCAGCGUGGCGUAUUCAAUCGUUAGAUGAUAUUUACUAUUUUGGUGGUCAAAAUGCACAUGAUCAACGUGCAUUUAUUUCUCAUCGUCGACAAUUUUCCGAUGAAUUUGAUUUUAAUAAAGGUGAUACUUUGGGUAUAGAAGGUAAUCACUGGGAUGGUUGGUCAAAAGGAUCAGAUAAAAACAAUGGACAACAUGGUCUGUAUCCAUCUUAUAAAGCUGAAGAUAUUGUUCAAAUAGCCAGUAUGCAUACCUAUCCCGAUGUAACUGUGGUCAAAAAAGAAGAGAAAUAG